CAACCGUGACCCUUCCAUUGUCACCCCGAAUUGCUACAUAAUAUUUUGGAGAAAUAUCAAUGAUGCGGGCUACGUGCGUCAGACAUAUCUCUUUCAACGUACUCAAUUUAAUGCGUCCGGUUCGACAUCCCCCUAUGCCGCGUCGGUCGAGGCAUGACCUGCCUAAUUCGGAAGUACACCCAACUGCCCAGCUGGUCCCUCUCAUCGAUCAUGAAUGAGCACAACCCCAUGCAAUGUAAUCCAAAAUUAGAACUGGAGGGCUGUUUGUCCCCAGCACGUCCCUCCUUAGGCCUUCCAGGCCCUCUAUAUAAAGGAGGGACAACCUCGCCUGAAUAUUCUCAAGGUACCCAUCCCAUGUGGCAACAAUCUGAGCGGUUAUCAUGGCGACAUCGAAAGAGUGGCAAAAAAUGCUCAAUGGCGAGCUCUACUGGGCCUGGGACGCAGACCUCCAAGCCAAUAGGGAACGCUGUAAAGCAGCAUGCGCAAGGUUCAACCAAGCUGGCCAGGUCUCCCGGCGUCGCAGGGUGGAGCUAUGGCGAGACAUCCUAGGUGAUAGACGUCCUCUGCCGCCAGUUCAUCCCGAUACCCAGGAAGAUGAGAAACUAUUCAAUGGCACUGAUCCAUUUGUGGAAUCUCCCAUCUCGGUGGAUCACGGCUUGAAUUUCAAGGUUGGAAAGGGCACAUUUUUGAAUUUCAACCUGCUUGUUCUUGACACCUGUCUUGUAACAAUUGGUGAAAGGGUGCUCUUCGGUCCUAACGUCUGUAUCUAUGGAGCUACUCAUCCCCUGGAUCCGGCCGUGCGGCGGGGCUUGGAAGGCCCAGAAGCUGGCAAGGAGGUACAUAUCGAAGAUGACGUGUGGGUAGGAGGUAGCGUCAUCAUCUUAGCUGGAGUAACUGUUGGGCGAGGAAGCACGGUGGGAGCUGGUUCUGUGGUGACCAAGGUUCGUUUGACGACUUGUUUGACUAUCUCGUCUCGCUAUAACAGCAUUGGUGACUGUUUUCUCAGGACGUCCCUCCCUUCCAUUUUGUUGCCGGAAAUCCAGCCCGCAUAAUACGCCGGGUUGAAACGAGCAUGGAUCCCGACGAAUAACGCAAACAAGGUCAACCCGGGUGAUUAUAAGCUAUUUUCCGGGAUUUGAUCGUCUGCCUCGCACUAGGUAUGCCAUAGACAAGGAUACACCAUCACCUUUUCAUUUCUUCGCCAUCAUGCCCUGUAGUUAUUGAAGAAGGUGGCUCAAACGAGCUUACUUUAAGGGGUAUGUGCAGGUGGUUAAUUGAUAAAGCACUCAUGUCUAUCGCAACCAAGUCACUUCCACACAAUGCAAGUUUCUCAUGCGUGC